AACAACACUGCUCUUCCUUCUUGUUCGGUUCAUUAUUUCUUGUUUCUGUGAUAUCGAAAAGAAAAGUAUUUGGUGAACAGUAGAAAUUUUUUUCGGUAAAAAAGUGCAAAAUCAAUCGAGGUUUUUUGAAAACAAUGAACAUUACACAAGGAAGUUGAGAUAAAACCGGAAAACGCAGUGCCGUAUGAUUUGUGGAUUGUCGUAUUUAACCUACAAAUGAUGAAUUAAGUUGUACAUAAAGAUUCCCUUUAAGUUAUAAUAUUUAUACUGUAAAUUAAUUUUGCGGGUGUACAAAUUUAUGAAGAGGCGUUCUAAUCAACCGUAGCCAUGGCAAGUGUGUCGUAUCAAAUCGCGAAUCUUCUUGAAAAGAUGACCUCUUCUGACAAAGACUUCAGAUUUAUGGCAACUAAUGAUUUAAUGACAGAGUUGCAAAAGGAUAGCAUCAAACUUGAUGACGACUCCGAACGCAAGGUUGUAAGGAUGCUGCUAAAGUUGCUCGAAGAUAAGAACGGGGAAGUUCAAAAUUUAGCUGUUAAAUGCUUGGGCCCUCUCGUCAACAAAGUUAAGGAAUUUCAAGUUGAAACGAUCGUUGAGUCGCUCUGUACCAACAUGGUAUCCGACAAGGAACAACUGAGGGAUAUUUCCAGCAUCGGCCUUAAAACUGUUAUAGCCGAACUCCCUCAAGCGCCCGGAGGUUUGUCAGGAAAUAUCUGCAAAAGAAUAACAGGAAGGUUAACAACAGCUAUUGAACGUCAAGAAGACGUUUCAGUUCAACUCGAAGCUCUGGAUAUUAUCACUGAUCUCUUGCUGAGAUUCGGUCCCGUUUUGCAAGCUUUCCAUGCAUCGAUUUUGUCAGCUUUGCUACCUCAGUUAUGCUCUCAGCGCCAGGCGGUCAGAAAGCGUACUAUAAGUGCGUGUAGCAAUCUCGUACUUUCCUGUAAUAACGCGUUGUAUUCCAAACUUAUCGAUCACUUAUACGAUGGCCUCUGUUCCGAAAAGAAUAACUCACAGAUUAGAACAUACGUACAAUGCGUCGCUGCCGUAUGUCGCCAAUCGGGUCAUAAGUUCGGUGAACACAUCGAAAAAUUCGUACCCUUAAUUCUGAAGUGCAGCGAAGUCGACGACGACGAGCUGAGAGAAUUCUGUCUGCAAGCCUUCGAAAGUUUCAUCAACCGGUGCCCGAAAGAAAUCACCAAGAACAUCCCAUCGAUUAUCAUUUGGUGUUUAAAAUACUUGGUAUACGAUCCUAAUUACAACUACGAUGAAGAUGAAAGCGCCAACGGCCAGAACGACCCGUACGAUGAUGACGAAGAGGACGAAGAAAACGACGAGUACAGCGAUGAUGAUGACAUGAGUUGGAAGGUCAGAAGAUCGGCUGCUAAAUGUCUGGAAGCCAUUAUUUCUACCAGGCACGACUUACUUCCCGAUUUCUACAAGGUCUUGUCCCCGGCGCUUAUUACUAGGUUUAAAGAACGCGAAGAGAACGUGAAAUCGGACAUAUUUCACGCUUACAUUGCGCUUCUGAAACAAACCAGAUCGACUGUGAGCGUGAACAUCGAUCCCAAUGCGAUGGUAAUGGACGACGAAGAGGAAACUCCAAUGUCGCUGUUGCAACAGCAAAUCGAGAUUCUCGUGAAAGGCGUUCAGGGUCAAAUGCGCGAGAAGAGCAUCAAGACGAGGCAAGAUUGUUUCCAGCUGUUGAAGGAACUGUGCUGCGUACUACCGGGCGCUCUAAGUACUCACAUUGGCGAUUUAAUACCGGGAAUAUUGUAUUCCUUGAGCGAGAAGAAUGCCAGCAGUAACAUGAAGAUAGACGCGCUGUCGUUUAUAUUUUGCUUGCUGACGAGUCACCAACCGCAAGUUUUCCACCCGUACAUUAGUAUCCUAUUACCGCCCGUCAUAACGGCCGUCGGAGAUAAUUUCUACAAAAUAACAGCGGAAGCUUUAAACGUUCUACAAGAAUUAGUCAAAGUCAUUAGACCCUUAAAUAUAAAUUCUGCUUUCGAUUUUACACCGUUUACCAAAGAUAUUUACAGCUGUACUUUGCUGAGAUUGAGAACUGCUGACAUUGAUCAGGAGGUUAAAGAAAAGGCUAUUUCUACUAUGGGACAGGUCAUAUGCAACCUGGGCGAUCACUUAAAAGCAGAGUUACCUUACUGCCUGCCGUUAUUCUUGGAUAGAUUGAAAAAUGAGAUCACUAGACUUACAACUGUUAAAGCUCUCACGAAAAUCGCCGGAUCUCCUUUAGGUAUCGAAUUGCCUAUCUUACCUGAAGCGAUGCCGAUCUUGGGCUUAUUCCUCAGAAAGAAUCAAAGGGCUCUUAAAUUGACGACUCUCCAACUUAUAGACUGUUUGAUAAAGAAUUACCACGACAAUUUGAACGUAACUUUAUUGCAACCCGUCGUGGUGGAAAUAUCUCCUUUACUCGACGAAUCCGAUCUUCACAUAGCUCAAUGGACGUUGAUUAUCUUGAAGAGCAUCGCAAUUCAUCAUCCGAGGGCUCUACAAGACAUUAACAAUACCAUAAUGCCGCAAGUUUUGAUAUUAGUGAAAUCUCCAUUGUUACAAGGUACGGCUUUACAGUCUAUGUUAGACUUCUUUAAAUCCUUAGUAAAAUGCAAUCUUCCCGGUUUAAAUUACGAUUCUUUGUUACGGCUUCUGUUAAUGCCCAUCUCGAAUCUUGCGAGCAACCAGUCGGCGACGCUCCACAAGCAGGCCUUCUACUCGCUGGCGAAGUGCGUGGCCGCGAUCACGGUAACGUGCCAGUCGCACGCGCUGCCUGUCGUACACACGUUCAUAAACGAAAUCCAGGCAGCGUCCACAGAUUCUCAGCAAAUAUUCGCUUUGCUCGUCGUCGGUGAAAUCGGAAGAGAAAUUGAUUUAACGUCGAACGCAAAUUUAAAACAAGUAAUACUUAAUUCAUUUUCGGCUGUGUCAGAAGAAGUGAAAUCUGCCGCGAGCUACGCGCUGGGCAGCAUUUGCAUCGGUAACCUGCAGCAAUAUUUACCUUUUAUAUUAAAAGAAAGUCAAGAUCAGCCUAAAAGACAAUACCUUCUUCUGCACUCUCUCAAAGAAGUUAUCACGUGCUUGUCUCAAUCGCCCGAAGGCAUCCAGCAACUUCUUCCGUUCGUGCCGGCCAUUUGGCAGCAGUUGUACCGGCAUUGCGAAUGCUUGGAAGAGGGCACGAGGAACGUCGUGGCCGAGUGCCUCGGAAAGUUGACUCUGAUCGAUCCCCAGAACCUUCUGCCUAAAUUGAAGCGUUCCCUGAACUCGCCGUCGCCUUUGAUGAGAACGACGGUCGUCACCGCUGUGAAAUUCACCAUUUCGGAUCAACCGGCUACUAUUGAUCCUCUGCUGAGACAGUGCAUCGGCGAAUUUUUGAACACGUUACAAGAUCCCGAUUUGAAUGUAAGAAGAGUCGCUUUGGUUGCGUUCAACUCGGCUGCUCAUAAUAAGCCUUCGCUUAUUAGAGACUUGUUAGAUACGACGUUACCCCAAUUGUACGGAGAGACUAUUAUCAAGAGGGACUUAAUCAGAGAAGUCGAAAUGGGACCUUUCAAGCAUACUGUAGAUGACGGUUUGGACAUCAGAAAGGCGGCAUACGAAUGCAUGUAUACUCUUCUCGAUUCCUGUCUUGAUAAAGUAGAUAUUUUCGAAUUCAUUAAUCACGUAGAGACUGGUUUAAAGGAUCAUUAUGACAUUAAAAUGCUCACUUAUCUUAUGGUAGCGAGAUUAUCUCAAAUUUGUCCCGGAGCAGUUUUCCAAAUGUUAGAUAAAUUAGUGGAACCAUUACGUGCUACCCUAACAAUGAAGGUGAAAGCGAAUUCAGUCAAGCAAGAAUACGAGAAACAAGAUGAACUCAAGAGAUCUGCUAUGAGAGCUGUUGCAGCUCUUUUGAGUAUUCCUGAUGCAGAUAAGAAUCUUCAUCUCAACGAGUUUGUUAGCCAAAUCAAGAAUUCUCCCGAUCUUUCUCCUAUUUUCGAAUCCGUUCAGAAGGAUACAUCCGUCACCCAUGGCGAUGCUCUUCUGAUGGAUCAAAGUUAAAUAUAAUUUUAUAAAGUGAAUUCAUUUGUGUAGACGCGAGAUUAUACACUUGUUCUACAAAUAAAAACGUAUGUUUUAU